AAUAGCUGUGCAUAGGUGCAGUUCAUAGCUCACCCAUAGACCUGCACUAGGUUAGUCAGUACAGCUCAUGGCAAGGGUGCUGGUAUAGCCGAGGAAGUGGCUAUACUUAGCGACGAUUGAGAUUUGUAUACCGCUAAAAACCAGUGUCGCCAGAAAUUAUAAACCUAAACGAUUUCGAAUUGUCACCCUCCGUUACAAGAGAACCCCGAUCAACCCGAAAUCAUACUGUGCAACGGAACAGAUUCUGAUAACAAAUAAACAUUUGUGCAUAUUGACGUAUAUGCAUAAAGACCUAGCCCGGUAUGGCAGGAACACAAAGCUUGGCUAGACGUGCUGUUAGUCCGCCGCGGCGGCAGCGGGCUUGUCAACCAUGCUCUAAAGCGAAAGCUCGAUGCAACUUUCCAGAUAACAACGACCCUUCAGACGGAUGUGAUAGGUGCCGCCGGGUCAAGAUUCAAUGUAUACCGCAAACGACAAAGGUCCUCAGACGGCCGAGACAGUUGAAGACUAAAGAAAGUUCCCCAUCAUUGCAUCACCAGAGUGUUGCCUCACUCCCAGAUGAGAGUCUGUACAACUUCCUACCAUCGGACACCGAAAACAGUCUUAGCGACGAUUCGCACUUUGGCUCGCCAACUCCAAUUUCUACAAGCACUUAUCACAGUGGAGGUUCUGCGCAAACCACCUCAGCCAGUUCAUAUAGCCAAGGUGCCUUUAUCAGCAGACCUACUGGUUUCUCUGCGUCGUCAACAUUAUCCUUUGGCGAUCCUCAACGCUUUUACUCGGCUCAUAAUGUGUCCAUGCCCAUGGAGCAUAACCUUAACUGGACACAAGCUACAUAUACUACCACGCCCUUCACAUCUAGACCCAGACCAGGGGCCUACUUCCUACCCGCUAGUUAUGGGGUUGAUUCUUAUCAAAAUUUCCGUAAGUGUCCUCACCAUAAUCUGAUUUCCACCCUAAAUUGGCCGGCCAGGCGUCCAGACCAUCAAUAAACAAAGAGAAAGCACCUAACAACGUGAAUUACCACGCAAUAGCAUCGAAUCAUGUUCAAGAAUUAGAAACUGGUCUUCUUCCGGAAGACAGUAACUUCCACCAGAUGAGGAAAUUCCAUUCUCAAUAUGGGCAAACAAUAAACACACACGGUGCUUAUGCUUUUGGAUUCAGGUCUUGACAUACUCACUCGUUCUCCUUUGACCCACUGGUCAGGAGGCUGUAAAAACCAGUUACCCCCGGGGGCUGGCGAAAUGACAAGCA